AUGGACCGGCGAAAGUGGAAUACAAGAGUAUUUUGCUCUAGUUCAGCGCCAUCAGAGGAAUCGGCUUUGGAUCUUGAAAAAAACUGUUGUAGUCAUUCUAAUCUGCCUUCAUUAAGUCCACCGACACCACUUCAGCCUUAUGCAUCUGCUGGACAGCACUCAGAGAGUAAUGCUGCUUACUUCUCAUGGCCUACAUCCAGCCGAUUGAAUGAUGCUGCUGAAGAAAGGGCAAACUAUUUUGUUAACCUACAAAAGGGUGUUUUACCUGAAACUCUAGGUCAGUUGCCAAAAGGUCAGCAAGCAACCACCUUGCUUGAGCUCAUGACCAUACGUGCCUUUCGUAGCAAGAUCUUGCGUUGUUACAGUCUUGGCACGGCUAUUGGGUUUCGUAUUCGGCGUGGUGUUUUGACAGACAUACCAGCUAUUCUAGUGUUUGUUUCGAGGAAAGUUCACAAGCAGUGGCUCAGUCCCAUCCAGUGUCUGCCCACUACUCUGGAGGGACCAGGUGGUGUAUGGUGUGAUGUGGAUGUGGUGGAAUUUUCAUAUUUUGGUGCACCCGAGCCAACACCCAAGGAGCAAUUGUAUACAGAGAUUGUUGACGACCUACGUGGGACUGACCCAUGUAUUGGUUCGGGAUCUCAGGUAGCAAGUCAAGAGACCUAUGGAACCUUGGGUGCGAUUGUGAGGAGCCAAACAGGCAAUCGACAAGUUGGUUUCCUCACAAACCGGCAUGUUGCAGUUAACUUAGAUUACCCAAAUCAAAAGAUGUUUCAUCCUUUGCCACCAACACUUGGACCUGGGGUGUAUCUUGGUGCAGUGGAAAGAGCUACAUCAUUUAUCACAGAUGAGCUUUGGUAUGGCAUUUUCGCUGGCAUAAACCCAGAGACAUUUGUGAGAGCAGACGGGGCAUUUAUCCCUUUUGCUGAUGAUUUUGACAUGUCCACUGUAACUACAUCUGUGAAAGGCAUAGGGGAAAUAGGAGACGUUAAAAUCAUAGACUUACAAUCUCCAAUCAAUAGUCUUAUUGGGAAGCAAGUGACAAAAGUCGGAAGAAGUUCCGGCCUGACUAUGGGGACUAUAUUGGCUUAUGCACUUGAGUACAAUGAUGAGAAGGGGAUAUGCUUCUUGACCGAUUACCUUGUUGUUGGUGAGAACCAACAGUCGUUUGACCUUGAAGGAGACAGCGGAAGUCUCAUCAUAUUAAAGGGCUAUAAUGGGGAAAAGCCUAGACCGAUUGGUAUCAUAUGGGGUGGAACUGCCAAUCGAGGCCGACUUAAAUUAAAAGUUGGCCAACCUCCAGAGAACUGGACCAGUGGGGUUGAUCUUGGUCGCCUGCUCAAUCUCCUUGAACUUGAUCUCAUCACAACAAGUGAAGCACUAAAAGUGGCAGUGCAAGAACAAAGAGCCGCUUCAGCAACAGGGGUAGGCUCCACAGUUGGAGAUUCUUCUCCACCGGAUGUAAUGCUUCCAAAGGACAAGGUAGAGCCGCUGGGUCUUCAAAUCCAGCAUAUCCCUCUAGAAGAUGGAGAAGGUGGCCCAGAUAUGAACACAUCACCAGUAGAAACUGCAUUCCAUUUGGAAGAGGGGGUCAACUUGGGUCCAAGUGUUGAACAUCAGUUCAUCCCCAGCUUCAAUGGGAGUUCUCCGCUGCAUCGAGAUGACCAAUUGAAUAGGGUGGCAUCAGGGAAUCUGUCAGCCUUGAGAAAUGACUCUGAGGAGGAUAUUAACUUUUCAUUGCAACUGGGUGAAAAUGAGCCCAAGAGAAGACGUUCGGAUACAGUAGAGCCAACCACACUGAGUUAG